AACCCAUCUGCUGUGGAACCGCUCACCCCACCGUCCCCGCCGUCCUAUGAAUCAUUGAAGCCAGCCUCAUCACUGAUCUACUGCAACCGUGAAGAUGGCGGCCCGGGUCGUAAUAUUUUAUAAGACCAUGCAAGCGGCGCGAUGCCCGACAGAUGAGCUGUCACUGACUAAUUGUGCCGUCGUGAGCGAGAAGGAUCUGCAGUCAGGACAACAUGUGACUGUGAAAACAACACCCAACCACAAGUUUGCGUUUACAGUCAAGACCCACCACACUGUAGCAGCUGGAUCUAUUGCUUUCAGCUUGCCGCAGAGGAAAUGGGCCGGCCUCUCCAUUGGUCAGGAGGUUGAAGUGUCCAACUACAACUUUGACAAGUCCAAGCAGUGCAUUGGUGCCAUGACAAUCGAAAUUGACUUCCUGCAAAAGAAGAGCACCGACUCUUCUCCUUACGACUCAGACAAGAUGGCUGCCGAGUUCAUCCAGCAAUUUAACAACCAGGCCUUCUCAGUCACCCAGCAGUUAGUGUUCAGUUUCUGCGACAAGCUGUUUGGCUUGGUCGUGAAGGACAUUGAGGCGAUGGAUGCCAGCAUCCUCAAAGGAGAACCAGCCUCUGGAAAGAAACAGCAAAAGAUCGACGUGGGUUUGAUGGUCGGCAACAGCCAGGUGAUUUUUGAGAAGGCAGAGAAUUCUUCCCUCACACUUGUUGGUAAGGCAAAGACCAAGGAGGCUCGACAGACAAUCAUCAACCCAGACUGGAACUUUGAGAAGAUGGGAAUUGGAGGUCUGGACAAGGAAUUCUCCGACAUUUUCCGCAGAGCUUUUGCUUCCCGAGUUUUCCCUCCUGACAUAGUGGAGCAGAUGGGGUGUAAGCACGUGAAGGGUAUUUUGCUGUUUGGACCACCAGGAUGUGGUAAAACACUGAUGGCCAGGCAGAUUGGCAAGAUGCUCAACGCCCGUGAGCCGAAGGUUGUUAACGGCCCAGAGAUCCUCAACAAGUACGUGGGAGAGUCUGAGGCUAACAUCCGCAAACUGUUUGCUGAAGCUGAAGAAGAGCAGAAGAGGCUGGGAGCCAACAGUGGCCUCCACAUCAUCAUCUUUGAUGAGCUGGAUGCCAUUUGCAAGCAGAGGGGCACGGGCGCCAGCAGCACGGGCGUGCACGACACUGUGGUCAACCAGCUUCUGUCCAAGAUCGAUGGCGUGGAGCAGCUUAACAAUAUCUUGGUUAUCGGUAUGACCAACCGGCCUGACCUGAUUGAUGAUGCCCUGAUGAGACCUGGCAGGUUUGAGGUGAAGAUGGAAAUUGGUCUGCCUGACGAGAAGGGCCGUGUUCAGAUCCUCAACAUCCACACCAACAAGAUGAAAAGCUUCAACCUGCUGGCUGGAGACGUUAACAUCAAAGAGCUGGCGGCAGAGACUAAGAACUACAGUGGAGCAGAGCUGGAGGGACUGGUCAGGGCAGCUCAGUCCACCGCCAUGAACCGGCACAUUAAGGCUACAUCUACAGUUGAGGUGGACAUGGAAAGGGCAGAAAAGCUGCAGGUCACCAGAGAUGACUUCAUGGGAUCCCUCAACAACGACAUAAAACCAGCAUUUGGUACAAACCAAGAAGAUUAUUCCAGCUACAUCAUGAAUGGCAUCAUCAAAUGGGGCGAUCCAGUCACCCACGUUCUGGAUGAUGGGGAGCUGCUUGUACAGCAAACCAAGAACAGUGAUCGUACACCACUGGUGGCUGUGUUGCUGGAGGGUCCUCCACACAGUGGGAAGACAGCUUUGGCAGCUAAAAUUGCAGAGGACUCUCAAUUCCCCUUCAUUAAGAUUUGCUCUCCAGACAAGAUGAUUGGAAGCUCUGAGAUCUCCAAGUGCCAGGCAAUCAAAAAGGUCUUUGAUGAUGCUUAUAAAUCCCAGCUUAGCUGUGUGGUGGUGGAUGACAUUGAGCGUCUGCUGGACUACGUCCCCAUUGGUCCUCGUUUCUCCAACCUGGUUCUACAGGCUCUGCUGGUGCUGCUCAAGAAACCUCCACCCAAGGGCCGUAAGCUGCUCAUCAUUGGUACCACCAGCAGGAAGGAUGUCCUGCAGGAGAUGGAGAUGCUGGACGCCUUCAGCACCACCAUCCACAUUCCCAAUAUCUCUACUGGGGAGCAGCUAGUUGAUGCCUUAGAGCUGCUGGGAAGCUUCACUGAUAAAGAGCGAGCCAGCAUUGCACAUCAGCUCAAAGGGAAGCGAGUCUGGAUCGGCAUUAAGAAACUUCUCGUCCUCAUCGAGAUGUCACUGCAGAUGGACCCUGACUACAGAGUGACCAAGUUCCUGUCUCUGCUCAGGGAUGAAGGAGCGUUGAAUGAAGGCGACCAAAUCCGAAUUUAAGCUGUUGCUGUGUCGAUCUUCUGUGUACUGUGAUCGCAGUUUCUAUGAGUAGAGGGAGCUGGCUGCAGGAAGGAAGCCUCUCAGUAUCAAACCACCUGUGGGAGACAAUGAGGAGGAGGAAGAGAAGAAGAAGAAGGCCUCUAUGUACUGUCCAAUCAUCAGUCUACCUAUCUAUCUAUAUACACACCUGGUCCAAGUGAAGAACAGAUAAACUCCUCUUUAUCUGAGCAUGUUUCCGCAGACUAAAUGUCACCUCCUUUCCACUCAUCAUCAUCAUCAUCAUUAUCAUCAUUAUUCCACUAAUUGACAUACCAUAGCACACUAUUGGAAGUAGUACUGUUAAAAAAAACUGUUAUCUGUAAAAAAAAAAAUGCAAUAGAUGAUUG